AUGGCAAGUAGAUGGGUUCUGCUCUUAUCUCUGGCCAUUGUUUCUGUGAACUUAGCUGAGGCAGACUUGGAAGCCAUUUUUGUAUUCGGUGAUUCCAUUGUAGAUGUUGGGACUAACAACGACCUCAACAGUAGUGCCAAAGCCAACUAUCCUUAUUACGGGAUUGAUUAUCCUUACUCCCAGUCAACAGGAAGGUUCAGCAAUGGAUACAACACUGCCGACAUGAUUGUGAAGCAAUUGGGUGAUUAUCAGAAGAGCCCGCCACCUUUUCUCUCUCUCACCAAGCGCAUGUCAACCUUCAACACCACUGUACUGCGUGGAGUGAACUUUGCAUCCGCAGGCUCUGGAAUUUUCCAUGAAACUGGGCAAAAAUUUGGAGAAGUAAUUCCUCUAGGGCUGCAAAUUCAACAAUUUACAACUGUUCAAGCAAAUAUAACAGCAGUAUUGAGUCCAGACAAAGCCCAACGCCUGAUUUCAAAUUCCUUGUACAUCAUAAGCGUGGGAAGCAACGACCUGUUCGAUUAUCAAGAGAAACCUACUGUACCACCGGAAACCCUCUUGAUCAAUCUCACUGAGGCCUAUUGUAACCAUCUAAAGGAUUUAUACAACCUUGGAGCUAGAAAAUUUGCGGUAAUUGGUGUUCCACCAAUUGGGUGUGUUCCGGCUGUACGUGCUCAUAACACCAGCGGUGGUGGUUGUCAAGAGGAAAUGAACGAACUUGCACGAGCUUUCUAUAAUGCAACUGAGAACCUCUUGCUGGAGUUUAGUAUUGCAUUUAAUGGAGUGAAGUACUCACUUGGAAAUUCUUAUGCAAUAACUAUGAAUAUUAUCCACAAUCCAAGAGCAAACCGUAGGCAUCCUUUCUUCUAA